AUGAGCGCCGCUCUGUUCAGCAGUGACGCGGAGAACGUCAUCCAUCGGGCCCUGAGUACUCCAGAACUGGGGGCCAGUAGAUGCUCCGAGGGGUCCCUGGAAGAGGUCUAUGACAUUCAGAGGACUGUCCGAUUUAUUCAGAAGAACGGGGCCCACAAGGUGGCUCUGCAGUUCCCCGAUGUCCUCCUGGUGGAUUCAGUCGGUAUUGCCAGAAAACUGGAAGAUGCCACCGGGGCCAGAAUGUACAUCUUGGGGGACACGUCGUACGGCAGUUGCUGUGUGGACGAGGUGGCCGCUGAACAUGUUGGCGCUGAAAUCCUGAUACAUUAUGGCAGAGCGUGUCUGAGCCCGAGCAACCGGCUGCCCGUCAUGUAUGUUUUCGGUCGUAAAGCGGCGGAUGUGAACCUGUGUGCAGAGAGUUUUCACAACUUCUUCCCAGACCACCAAACGCCAGUGGUGGUGUUCAGUGAUGUCGUGUAUGAACAUGUUCUAGGUGAAUUGGAAGCACUCCUGGCCCGGACUCACCCCCGUGUCGUAUUCACUAAGCUCUCCUGGGUCAGCGAUGGUCCUUCUCCCGGUGAGGUCCGCAGGUUUGGCCGGAGCUUCUCUCCUGAUCCGACCUUCUGGCCAGAUGCCUUCAGUUUAUUCUACGUCGGAGGAGAAGGUCCAACGCUCAGCAACCUCCUACUGACCUGGCCGCGGUGCCCCUUCUUCAGCUUCAACCCCGAGACUGGGGAGGGCAGGAAGGAAGGGCUGAAUGUCAACCGCGCCCUGAUGAAACGCUUCUAUCUGAUCGAGAAGGCCCGGGACGCUCGGGUGGUGGGCAUUCUGGUGGGCACUCUGGGUGUGUCGGACUAUUUGUCGGCUCUGGCCCACCUGAAGGACGUCAUCCAAAGAGCCGGGAAGAAGAGUUACAUGCUGUCUAUGGGGAAGCUGAACCCAGCCAAGCUGGCCAACUUCCCGGAGGUGGACAUCUUUGUGUUGGUGGCUUGUGCCGAGAACUCCUUGCUGGACUCCAGCGACUUCUACCGGCCCAUUGUGACUCCAGAUGAGAUGGAGGUGGCCUGUAACCCGGCGCGGGAGUGGGGCGGCUGCUGUGUCACCGAAUUCCGAGAGCUGCUUCCAGGUGGAUCAGCACACGUACCGUUCCCAGAUCUUGACCCCGAGGACGCGGACCGAACCGACAUCUCUCUGAUCACGGGGACUUGAGAUCCGUUCGCUUUUCAAGCACAGAGACCUCUGGAGAGAAGGCGAUGGGGACGGCCCUGGCGCAGAGGAACGCGGAGACCGCCCUGGCAGAGCUCGGACCAGCCGCCUCGUUCCUGUCCUCCCGGAGUUGGCAGGGAUUGGACAAGUCUCUGGGUCAGACCCCGGUGGUGAAAGCUGUGGAGGGACGCCGAGGAAUCGCCAUCGCUUAUGAAGAUGAAGGACCCAACUAA